UUAGAGCACGCGUAUGCUUCUUAUUUACAUUAUAUAUAACCAAAUAGUUAAGUAACAAGCACGCGCUUGUGCAGUCGUUACACAAGUGCAUCGCGUGCGGCGUGUUUGUGCUCAUGGUCGCGCGGACUUCCGUGCGUUUGGUUUGGCGUUAUUUUGUCCAAAACAGAAUGGGAGAUAUGUCCUCCAAAAUACGAAUGCCGUCUCCAGAGGAAGCGCUACCUGGAAGAGAGCAGAGCAUGGAAGUGUCAGCUAAGCACGACGUGAAUGGUAACAGGACAGUGCCGCCAUUCCCAGAGGGAUUGCAGAUGGUCUUAUUCGGUAUGGGCUGUUUCUGGGGAGCGGAGAGGAAGUUCUGGAGGCAAAAUGGGGUCUAUUCCACUCAAGUGGGCUACUCUGGUGGUUAUACCCCAAACCCCACCUGUGAAGAGGUGUGCACAGGUAUAACAGGACACACAGAGGUGGUUCGUGUGGUCUAUGAGCCUGAGAAAAUCAACUUUGCACAGUUGCUGAAGGUAUUUUGGGAAAGCCACGAUCCUACACAAGGAAUGCGACAAGGCAACGAUGUUGGGACGACCUAUCGAUCAACCAUCUACGCUUACACACAGGAACAGCUUGACCAGGCAUUGCGCUCCAAAGAUGAAUAUCAGAAGAUGUCGGCUGCUUUCUUGCUGAAACCAAGGGUUUACUGCAGCCUCUCUUUCUACAUCAAAAGAGCCCAAAUGAGCGGCGCUGUCACUCUUCGCUCUUGCCUCAGCCCUCCAUUUUGAACAAAUGCUGAACACAAUAUCCAAUAUCUAUUCCUGUGAUAUGGUGCAUUUGGUAUCUCAGCAACUGAUUCUUGAAGAAGGGAUGGAUCUCACUGGACAGCGAUGCUCGCAGACACACUCACACAUGCUCACAAAUAAACUCCUCGCUUUUCACAAUCAAAAUGCUUAUUUUAUAGGCAUAUUAAGACGUUUUCUAGCAGGAUAGAGAAUGAUUUGGAGAUCAGCAACCAGGGCUUGACAAUAUGGCUUUUCUUUUCUGCAUGCAGGCCAUUAUUUCACUUUGUUCAGAUUUUUACUUGCCACAUUUUCACAGGCCACACAGCCACAAAUCUGGUUUAGUUAACAGUUUAGAGGGAUGAGUAGAGGGAUAAAGCUGAUUUGUAAAAAAUAAUAUAAAUACAAUCUUUCCAUCAGUUGCUAAGAUAGCAAAUCACAGGAAAUGAUUUUUGGAUAUUAUAAAACUGAGUGCUCAGGCAUGAGUGAAAAAUGAUAAAUAUACCAUUCAUUUGGACUCUUUUAAAGUAUAUUUACAAAAUAUAAUUAUUUAUAUAAAAUUGGCUACAGACUCGACAUUAGACCAUCAUUACUAUUGAGUCCUGUGUACUGAAGUGUCUAAAUGAAGGAACACACAGUGUGCGGACUCAGGGGAUGAGAAAAAGGGGGCGCAGGCCUCAGAGCGGGAAAAACAUAUGGGUGCGAUUAGUUUUUUUCACGCCGUGCUAGCUCCAGCUGAUGAUGACUCCCAGUGGUCUGCACCAUUGGCCUCUGACUUUCUGAUCAGCUUCCUACUUCCAAAUUCAGGCACUUUUUAAAAUCAUACUUAGAAUAUUACAGAGGUUUCGUCUUAUAGAUGCUGAUUGGUUACUGAAUUUUGUCCCAAAGAGGACACCUAUUAACCUUAGUCUACAUGUAAGGGACUAUAUACUACUACUAGCAGAUGGAGUCUGCUGUAUGAAUUUGCACAAUAAAAUUAUAUUUUUUUCCUGUUUUGUAAAAGCCUUUUGUUUCUUAUUGCCUUGGCAGAGAAGCCUUUUUGCUUAGAGAAUCUUUCAGUGUUAAUUGCUUUGUUUUCUUGCACUGAAAUUUCACAGAACAAGGGAAAUGAGAGCCACUCUAUGGCCAUCUAAAAUAGUUCUGUUCUGUAAUAAAAAACUGCUUUUUUGGUAGCAAACUCACUUUGUAGUCAACAAAGUGAAUGUUUGGUGAAAAUAGGGAUAAAAAUUACCCCAUGUCCACGGUAAUAUAUACUGCUGGUUCUUUAAUGUUGUGGGCUUAUUUUUCUGCCAGAGGUCUUGGACGUCUUGUUCAGAUACAUGAAAUCAUGGAUUCUAUCAAAUAUCAACAGAUAAAAAAAUCUAAACCUGACUGCCUCUGUAAGAAAUCUUGUAAUGGACCAUGUUUAGAUCUUCCAUCAGGACAGUAAUCUAAAACAAACAUCAAAAUCAACACAAAAAUGUGUCAGUGAGCAUAAAAUGAAGCUUCUUCCAUGGCUAUCUCAGUCCUCUGACCUGAACCCCUGUAGAAAAUGAACUGGGUGAACCGAAGAGAAGAAGCACCAACGUGGAGAUGUGAAUUUGAAGGAUCUGGAGAGAUUCUGGAU